AUGCGGAACAUCCUCACGUUCAAUCAAUCAGAGACACAGGCCGCAAGCUCGUCUGCGAAGCGCAAGAAGACGACCAAGGUGGCGAGGAAGAGAUCUUCAGAUGUGGACCAGACCCCUGAAGCCAUAGCCAAGCGGCAGGAGAAGCUCGCGGCGCUCAAAGAAAGAUAUCGUCAGGUCCGUCUGCAGGAAAAGGAGAAAGGUAAGAGGACGAUAUCUGUGGGCAUCGAUUUCGGCACAACAUACACCGGCGCAGCGUAUGUGACGAGCGCCGACGACUUGCCACCCGUCACAAUCACCAAGUGGGGAAAGGGCAGGGAAGGUGCACUGAUGCCGAAGACACCAUCCAUCAUCGCAUACGCCGAAGACAACGAAAAGCAGAAGGAGGAGAUUGUCUUCGGAUCCAAUGUCCCCUCCGAGUCAUGCUCGUACGUGUGGUUCAAACUCCUCCUGGACGACGAAACAAAUCCUGCCGACUAUGAGGAUCCGCUCAUGGAACAGGUAAUUGGAAGCCAUAUCAUGGGCCUACCCGCUGGCAAGACGGCGGCUCAGCUGGUAACAGACUAUCUGAGUCAGAUCCACAAGCACAUCUUCACGCACCUGAGAGGGGUCCUGGACGACGGCCUUGAUAUCACGCCUUUGGUUUUCUGUGUGACUGUACCUGCAGCCUACGGUCGAGCAGGACGGCAAGCCACACUCUCUGCUGCAAAGGCUGCGGGCUUCGGAACUCGCGACGGCGAUGAGCUCAUCUGCUGCGACGAGCCCCAGUGUGCUAUUCUUGAUGUUUUGCACACUUACAUGAACAAAUUCCAGAAGGUCCAGUCACCUUUCCAAGAGAAAGAGUGUGUGCUCAACGUCGAUAUGGGUGGCGGCACUCUUGAUGCAAUAACGUAUCGCAUCUCGAACCUAGAGCCGCUCAGACUGGAAGAAGCCUCCGUAGGCGCGGGAGCCAAAUGUGGCGGCACAACCAUCGAUCGCGAAUUCUUCAAAUGGUGUGAGCGGAAGUUUGGGAAGCACUUCAUCAAAGUCCCUCUAGCUUCCCGCAGCAUUGGAAGCAAAUUCAUGAAGGAGUUUGAGGAGAUUAAGUGUCGAUUCGAAGGAGUACAUGUUGAUGGAGAACAAGAAUACCUUGUGGGCCCAAUCCGCAUGGAAGACAUCGACACGGACGAUGAGAACAUGUGUUCAAGCUGGGAUUCACACGACUCCGCCAUCAAGAUCUCAAGCCACGAACUGGAGGGUUUCUUCGAGCCAGUCCUCAGGAGCACAUUCGAGCUGAUCUGGGGUCAAAUAGCAGCUGUGGAAGCUGCAAGGAUGCCAAAGAUCCAGUCCCUAGUCCUAUGCGGCGGAUUAUCCAGCAGCCCCUAUGUCCAGUGGCGCGUGAAGGAGUUCGUCAAGACAGAGCUUAAGGGCUCCAUGAGGGUCGUGACUCCAGAGAAUCCGAUCGCUGCGAUAGCACGCGGAGGUGCUGUGCAUGCCCGUUCGCAGAAUAUCGUUGUGUGCCGAAAGAGUCGGGACUCGCUGGGAAUAGUUGGCUACAGAAGCUUCAAGGAUGGCCAAGCCAGCAACAAUGAAGACUUCGUGUUCCUGGCGAGCGGCAGGAAGGUUGUGAAAGACAAGCCCAAUUUCGCAUUCACCAGAGGCGAGAAGAUCUACCGUUCAACCAGAAGAUAUGUUGAAGCCACGGUUGAGCUCAAGGAGAGCGAGAUCGCGAAGGCCGGAGCAGUCUCCCAGGACCUUUACGCGUCUUCUUCAGACACUAUACCAACAACAUUGGACGCCUCAUGCAGGAAGAUUGGCGAGAUGAAGCUUAAUCUCAUUUCAGCGGCCCAGACGAGGCGCAAGGAGCUGAAGGAGCAGAAUGGCGGACGGGCCCCCAAGGUGAUCGAUCUCCCGGUCAAGAUCGAAUUCGCUCCUGGCGACGACAAGGGUGUUUUGGUGGUAAAGGCGAUUGCGAACAGAGCUACAAAAGUCGGUCAGGUCUCAAUCGAGUAUACGGCUGAUCCGAGGGCUGGCAUCGUGCCGUUAGGUCCUGUGAAGGUGAAGAGAGACCGCGAUGAUUGA